GGCUAGGGCUGUACAUGGGCCCCUCCCGGAUUGUAGGGAAGAGGCCACGUAAGUUGCAGAUCGGACUUGACAGCUGGUACGCUGACGUGGUUCCCGGAAGUGGGGUUGGCGCACGGUCGCCAUGUUGUCUCAGGACAGCAAUGAUGACACUGAAGAUGUUUCAUUGUUUGAUGCAGAAGAAGAGACAACUAAUAGACCAAGAAAAUCCAAAAUCCGACAUCCAGUGGCAUCAUUUUUCCAUUUGUUCUUCCGAGUCAGUGCCAUUAUAGUCUAUCUUCUCUGUGAAUUGCUCAGCAGCAGCUUUAUUGCCUGUAUGGUGACAAUUAUCUUGUUGUUGUCAUGUGACUUUUGGGCAGUGAAGAAUGUCACAGGUAGACUGAUGGUAGGCCUUCGGUGGUGGAAUCAUAUUGAUGAGGAUGGAAAGAGUCAUUGGGUGUUUGAGUCCAGGAAGGCAUCUCCUCAGGAGAAUAAAACUGUUUCAGAAGCUGAAUCAAGAAUCUUUUGBUUAGGACUAAUUGCCUGUCCAAUACUGUGGGUGAUAUUUGCCUUUAGUGCUCUCUUCUCCUUCAGAGUAAAAUGGUUGGCUGUGGUUAUCAUGGGUGUGGUACUACAGGGUGCCAACCUGUAUGGUUAUAUCAGGUGCAAAGUGGGCAGCCRGAAGAAUUUAACCAGCAUGGCUACCUCGUAUCUCGGAAAGCAGUUUUUAAAACAAAACACCGGAAAUGAACAGACUUCUUGAAUAGAGAGAAAAUUAUGUUUUCUGUGAUAUUGGGAAAUGGUGGAAGAGAUUCUUGAUUAUGAAYUGUUUAGAGCUCAGUCCAGUUGCAAAGAGGAGCAUUGUUUUUUUGUUGUUGUUUUGUUUUCACUUACAAAGUUACUAUGAAAACUGUUUUCUUUUUUUUAAACAAAGUUUUUAUUUUUAUUUUUUCUAGUAGUUGAGGCUGGGAAGUAUGAUAUCAUUAAGAACAUUGUCAGAAUUUAUUUUACGGUGUACAUAUGUAUGCAUAUAGUAAAGUAUCCAUAUAUCCCAAAUUAAUGUGUUAGUUUACAUGUUACAGAGAUAUUUGCAUUUUGAUCCAUAGAAAAUAGAAUGUUCUUAGUCAAAGGUAUGUGUGUUUACAUACUAUUUCUGUAGGUUAUUUUCAGAAAUAAGUUGAUUCCAUAAUUAAGAGUAAACACUUGGCUUGUGUAUGAGUUAAAAAUUAGAAAAAACUGUUAAUUUUAAAUAUAUACUUCAUGUUGAAAUUGCUUACCCUAGACAUGCACAAGGGAAAACCAAAUUCAAGCUGGUAGUGUUAACUAGUUUCUAAAAUUUAUUUUUUUACUUAAGGCCUAAAUAAUAAAAGGUAUCUUUAUAGUUUAUGUUUAAGGGAUACCCAAGGGAUUGCUGCUGUUCUAGUUAUUUCGUGGAAAGGAUAGUCAGAUUUUAUUUUGGAACUUCCUGGAAACUCUUCAGUGGUCUCUGGACUAAUAAAAUCUUUUAGUACUAAAUGAAUAUUGUUCUUAUGUCAUAGUAAGAAUAAUCAUUUAAAUACUUGGCAUAAUAAAUGCCUAAAGACAUUAUAUGAAUCUAUUUUUUCUUGCUAUAAUGGGGAUAUUGUAAACCAUACAUUUGUAUUAAUAAUAUUUCUUAAACAAGGCAAUAUAUUUAACUGUAAACUAAACCAAUCUACAAAUUAUUGUAGGCAGUUGUAAAUUUUGUUGUAGGUACUAGAAACUUUGUUGCAGAGUCUUAAUCAGCAGAUUAUGUUAUGAAUGUAUUUGUACAUUGUUAAAAUAUGUUUAAAGAUGUUUUGUUUUAGUUGAAUAAAUGUGUGUUGGAGUGAUAGCUUGGAAAGUGCACAACUUUAUAUUUGUAUAAAACUAUUGUUUACAAAGCAUUUGAUGUGUGUAAUCUCAUUUAAACCUCACAACAAACAUUAUACUUUUGAUGAUGUAACCAUCUUUGUGGUUAUUGAACAACUUGCUCAAGGAAGCACAGAUUGCAGGAAUAUACAACAGGGUACAUUGCUAUUUUUAGAAUAAAUAUCUCUAAAUGUCUUUUCCUUUCUUCAGAUGCAGUCAGUCAUCUGGGGCCUCAGCUAGGCUGUUAAUUGGAAGUACUGCAUUGUGAUCUCUGGGUAUUUUCUCUGUGAGAUCAUGAGGGCUUCUUCACAACCUGGCUCUGGGUUCUUAUAGUGACCCAAGAGAUAGGAGAAAUACAUGAUAUUUUUAUGACUAGUCUCAGAAUUUGCAUCGCCUCAGCUAUUCUCUUUUGGACAAAGUAGUUACUGUAGUCUAUCCGGGUUCAAAAGAAGGUUACAUAGAACCAACCAUUUGAUAAGAGGAGGGUUAGAGUUUAUGGUAUAAUAAGAGUGUGUGGGA